CGCCGGAAGUGGAGUGUGGAGCAGCGCCGUGCGCUGUCAGUCUCUGUGGCGCGGGACCUCCGGCUUCCUCGGGCUUUGCGGUUCGGAGGGCACCAUGGACAAGAAGGAAUUAAUUGAAUACUUUAAGUCUCAGAUGAAAGAAGAUCCUGAUAUGGCCUCAGCAGUGGCUGCCAUCCAGACUUUGCUGGAGUUCUUGAAGAGAGAUAAAGGGGAGACACUCCAGGGACUGAGAGCAAAUCUCACCAGUGCCAUAGAAACCCUGUGUGGCGUGGACUCCUCUGUGGCGGUAUCCUCUGGUGGGGAGCUCUUCCUUCGCUUUAUCAGCCUUACCUCCCUGGAAUACUCUGAUUACUCCAAAUGUAAAAAGAUCAUGAUUGAGAGGGGAGAGCUUUUUCUCAGGAGAAUAUCAUUGUCGAGAAAUAAAAUUGCAGAUCUGUGCCAUACUUUCAUCAAAGAUGGGGCGAUUUGGACUAAAUUCAGAGCAGAGCUGAUCAACUUGAACAUGCAGAUGAAUCAUAGAAUAUUAACUCAUGCCUACUCAAGAGUGGUCCUGAGAGUCCUGGAAGCAGCCGUGGCAGCCAAGAAGCGUUUCAGUGUGUACAUUACAGAAUCUCAGCCUGAUUUAUCAGGUAAGAAAAUGGCCAAAGCGCUCUGCCACCUCAAUGUCCCCGUCACCGUGGUCCUGGAUGCUGCUGUUGGCUAUAUCAUGGAGAGAGCAGACCUUGUGAUAGUUGGUGCCGAAGGAGUUGUUGAAAAUGGAGGAAUUAUUAACAAGAUUGGAACCAACCAGAUGGCUGUGUGUGCCAAAGCCCAGAACAAGCCUUUUUAUGUGGUUGCAGAAAGUUUCAAGUUUGUAAGGCUCUUCCCACUAAACCAGCAAGAUGUCCCAGAUAAGUUUAAGUAUAAAGCAGAUACUCUAAAAUCUGCACAGACUGGACAGGAUCUCAAAGAGGAACAUCCAUGGGUUGACUACACCGCCCCUUCCUUAAUAACACUGCUGUUUACAGACCUGGGCGUGUUAACACCUUCAGCAGUCAGCGAUGAACUGAUCAAGCUAUAUCUAUAACCUCUGAUCCUUUGCUGCCAACCGGCAGCUUUUGUAGUUGGGACACGGCAACUAGCCUCUUGAUCCCUCAUUGAGCCAGGCCAAAACUGAAUUUUUUAAUGAAGACUUAUGGACUAAGAAUUCAAAAUCAUUUAUCUUGAAUCUUUUUUACUCAUUUCAGUCCCAUCUAAAAUAUUUGUGGUUCUCCUGAAACCCAACCUAAAUUAUACUUAAGGUUUCUACAGACUUCAUUUUCAGUUUCCAGAAAUAGAAGUUAGACUAUUGGUUGCUUAACAGAUGGGUGAAAGAUGUGCCCAGGCCCACCCUUCUUCAUCUUCCCCUGCACUCCAGACUGACUGGCCAAAGACAUCAACUAAUGAGAUGCAGGCCCAAUCACACGUGCUCCUAACUACAGCUGGGCGCCUCUUCAUUAAAUGACUAACAGCCGCAGGAACACACGAUACAUAUGGUGCCUUAUGAGAAAGGCAGGAAACGCUUGCUGACUUUACAUCAGGCUUAUGGUGGUGAGCACAAGCCAGGGGCUGCCAUCACCUCAUCGGGAUCAAGAUAAAUGGAGUGGAAACGGUACCAAGAAAACACAAGGAAACCAGAAAGAGCAUUUAGCAGUUAGUAAUACUGUGUGAUUCUCCAUGCGAAGAUGCCUUCUGGAAUAUCUGUAAGCUUAAAUUCUGUAUCUAUGAAAGAUGUGGAUUUCCUUUAAACAUGUUUUGAUCUUGAACAGCUUUUGAAAAUUGUGCUUGGGAACAUUCAUCAUCUUUUGAAUAAAUUAUAUGAAAAAUUA